GUUUACGCGGUGACGUUGCCACGUCACGUUCGGCUACAUCCGUUGCUCGCUUGUUUCGGAAGACUUGAACGUGUGUUAUUUGUUUUAUUACAUUCCGAUUGACAAACUAUUUAGGCGAAAUCGUUAAUUCACAAAAGGACUUGUUCAAAACAGAUUUCAUUUGAAUCUGGGCCACUAAAUUCGUAUUAAGUUUCCGAUGCUAGCUAACGCCAGCUAGCUACAUAGCUACAUAGCUAGCUGUGUAGCUCAUUAUCGUUUCAGAUUAGCCUUUUUUUUUAAUCAAAGCCCAUUUAUUUGCUUUCUUAUUCUUGUAUUUGUUGGUUUUCUGCACCGAGGAUUUAUAUUUCUCAGAAAAAAUGAAUAUUUUGCCGAAAAAGAGUUGGCACGUACGCAAUAAGGACAACAUUGCGCGCGUGCGCAAAGACGAGCAGCGCGCGGCCGAGGAGGAGAAAGAAGUGCGGAGGCGCGCAGAGCGCGCGGAGCAAGAGGCUCGGACAGAUUAUCUGCGGAGGAAAUCCCGCGUGGCAAUCGAGCACACGGCAGGACCACAGGAUGAGGUAGAGACAAGCAGACAGACCGGUGGGUCUGAGCAUCUCAACCUGUUUUCCCUGGAGGACUCAUCAGAGAAGAAAGGCAACGUCGAGUACAUCCGUGAGAAGAAAGAGGAGAAAGAGAAACAGGAGCGUGCGAUUGGUCUUUUGGUCUCUCUUGGCCCCACCCCUGGGACAGAGGCCACACCCUGGUAUCUGAAGGAGAGAGAAAGAGACAAAGAGAGACAGAAGGAGAAAGAGAGAGAAGACAAGGGCAAAAGGAAGGGUAUAAGUGAAGAGGAGAGAGAGAAGAAAGACAAGAAGUUAAAGGACAAUCUGGACCCUCUGAAGGACAUCAAGAAAGCUCUGGCAGUGAAAGACAGAAAGGAGAAGAAGCACAAGAAGAGGGAUAAAGUAGAGAAGAUGAGUGCAGGGAGCUCGAAGGAGCAACUGCGUGCGGAGCGACUGCGGAGGGAAGCUGAAGAGAGGAGACGUGCUCAGGUCCUGCUGGACCAGAGGAACGGAGUGGGAGGAGCCAAGGAUGAACAGAAGGAGCCGGAGGAGAGGGACAGAGCCUACAACAAUGCUUACUUUCCUGAACUAGUACGUAAGCGGCGGAGAAAAGACAGAGACCUCGUACAGGAAUUCCUGCAUCCCAACUCCUAGACUCUCUUAUUUCAUUCAGACUGAAGCUCAGCCUUCAUCUGAACAUCUCACAGACUUUAUGCUCCAAAGCAAAGUAUGACCUCAAAAAGUGCAUUUCCAACCCCAAACGAUCUCAGUGACACGGGAGCACACAUGGCAUAUGGUCUAAUUUAACACAGACACAUACUCUAUGUCCCUUUAUCUCAUCUCAUCUCAGUGUGUUUGUGAGCUGGUAUAUAAAAUAUGUGUAAAGAUCGUUACUUAUAUUUAAUUACUUAUUGAGUAAACGUUGAUAAAUGACCAUUUGCCAAAAUAAAAUGUUCGGUUCCUAAACAAUAGUUAAGCCUUUGAAGUCUUGGCAUCAUCUGAUCCUGGUUUGUGUUAUUUAGGACUUUAGAAACUCCAAAGGCAUCAUUUGGGGUGUCAGGCAAUUACAAAAAACAGGCAAUUAAAACAACUUUGCUUUAUGUUGUACUAUGUA